AGAAGCACGGACGUGACUACUUUCCCUAUUCAUGUUUAAAAAGGAAAGGUUCGGGAGAACGGAAAAUUACAGAAGAGGGGCCAUUUCGCUCGCUUACCUUUUGUUCCCCGCCCACAGCGCCGCGCGAGAUCAAAGUGAACCCGCCCCCCCGGGGGUGUGUGUGUGUGGCGGGGCGGGGGAAAACAAGGCGUCACCGAGAGCAAAUUCAAACCAGAGCACCAACCGGGCAAGUGCUGACAGGUGCCGACCUUCCCUCUGUGUGAGAAACCGAACCGGAUAGGAGCAGUCAGGCUCGGCGUGGUGCUGCUGCUCCUCCCCCCCCCCCCCCCCCUCAGUGCACGGUAACACGGCUCGCGAAGGGGCACUCGGACGGUUCUGGAAUCCCCGGGAGCUGCGCGUGCCGCUCACCAACGGUCGGCGUUGACUUUUGAAUAUAAUAUAUAUAUAUUUCAACCGUCGCUGGCGAGCUUCCUAACAUGGUGUCGUGGCUCAUCUCCAGGCUGAUCGUGCUUACAUUUGGUACUUUGUAUCCUGCCUACACAUCUUACAAAGCUGUCAAGACAAAAAACGUGAAGGAAUAUGUCCGAUGGAUGAUGUAUUGGAUUGUGUUUGCAAUCUUCACAACUCUCGAAACUUUCACGGAUAUGUUUAUUUCCUGGUUCCCAUUCUAUUAUGAAAUGAAAAUUGCAUUUGUUGUUUGGCUUUUAUCCCCAUACACCAGGGGUGCCAGUAUGAUUUACAAGAAGUUUAUUCAUCCCACACUCUCUUCGAAGGAGAAGGAAAUUGAUUCCUACAUCAAUCAAGCCAAGGAGCGUGGUUAUGAAACAAUGGUCAAUUUUGGCAGGAAGGGACUUAACCUGGCAGCCAAUGUUGCUGUAAAUGCUGCUGCAAAGAGUCAGGGAGCUAUCGCUGGACGCCUGCGUAGUUUUAGCAUGCAAGAUUUAACAAGCAUUCAGGGUGAUGAGCCAGUACAUUACAAGGAUCCUCUUUAUCCUGAAGAGGAGCCAAUGGGAAGGAAAGCCAUCUCUGCUGCACAAGUAGAGUACUCUCUGAGACAACGUAUAUCAGCACCGAAUGAUCGAUUCAUUGACAGUGAUUCACAGGAUGAAUAUAAGUCUGAUGGGGAAGCAGAAAACCAGAGGAGUUCUUUGCGUCGCCUUGAAGUACAAAAGAUCAAACGAGCCAGACGAGUCCAGGGUCAACAAAUGCCUCGAAAGAAGGUGCAGGGAAAAGAGGGUGUGAUGAAACCAUUGAAGGUUAGACCCAAGAAGAAAGCUUUGCAAUCGAAUUUCGACACUUUAUGAAUUCCAGAAAACUGCAUUUUUCCAUUCAUCAGAACCCUAGAGCUCCUUGGUGAAAGUCAUUGCCAUUUUUAUUCACUGGCAAUUUUCAAAUUGCCAAAUGUCACAAUAUUGUGAAACUGGGUGACAUAUUUUGUAACAUUGUUGCAUGCCCUUUUUAAGAAAAAUCUGCUGUGUAAAUAACAGUGCCACAGACUGGAUCAGCAUUAAAGUCCAAAAAGAUCUUGUUAAACCAAAGAGUGUUGAGGCAGUCUGUAAUUGUAUCAAAAAAUGAAUGUGAAGGGACAUGCUGUUUUUUAAAAUGUUUCCUUGCACACUGUUGGAAUGGUGUUGAGUGGUUCUGAGGGAGUCUGGAACUCCCUUUUUCAUAUUCUAAGUAUGAAAAUUUUCUGCGUUGUUAUUGGCUACUGAAAAGUAAACCGUGACCCUGAUGAACUUGCACUGACUUGUGUUUUUACAAGUGUUGAAGUUUGUUUUCUGGAUCAGAAUUUAAUGCCACCUAAUUACCCCUGUAUUGUGACUACUUGAAUUGUUGAAGAGUUAAGUUUUUAAUGUAUUAUAUCACAGCCUUGUGGGAUAAAUCUGUCAAUCGGGUCAAGUGCUUGCUGCAAUUUGAAUUUGUUUUUCUUCGAGAAUGUGAUGUGUGAUAUGCUUGUGUUGAAGUGUAUUCAUGUCAGCCAUGCAGCAUUGCAAGUUGAAGAUUAAAGUUGAACUUUAAGUGCAAGCAAAUGUGGGAGAAAUAACUUUCCAGUCAUUGUCUUCCCUCCACCCGCCUGGUGGCGGGGUGGGUGGUAUAAAUUUUUGGGCCUAUUUUAGUUUAGUUUCACAAUUCCGUAUCACCAGUAGCUCAAACAGAGGUACUGGUUAUGGUCUUCACAUUGAUCAUAGAGGUGUCCAAGAGAAGCUACACUGUCAGCAACAAGACUGCAAAUUUAAAAAGAUCAAAGAACUGAUUUCAAGUAAUGGCACAAUGAUCGAGGAUCCAUCUAAAAUUGGCUACAUCACAUAGGUGGAGCAGUUUUGGCCUGUCAGUGUUAGUGCCAUCUGGCUGGCUUUGUGGUUUCAGCUCAAGCUAACUUCAGGAAUGGAUUGAAGUUGGUCAAUUUUUUUUUCCCCAAGAUCCUUGUUUGCCUCUGCCCCUUUGGAUCGUCCCCAGUCCAAAAAUUAUGUAAGUAAGGAGAACUGUGUGUGCAUCUUGUCUGUCGACAGCUUGUAUCAUCUCUUGAGAAUCUUUGUCUCCUUUCAGUGACUGAAGCAGUUUGCUUGUGUUGUGCUUUGACUUGUUUAACUGUCAUGAAUUGCAUUGCACAAGAUCAGUGAGUUUUCAUUAAUUUCUGCUCAAAACAAUGAAAUUUGUUUGUUCAGAAAUUCUCUUGGAGCAAGUCACAAAUAUCACAUGUACUGGAAAAUCAGCAAUCUCCACUGUUUGAUGUGUACAAGGAAGAUAUGUUUAUUUUUUCAAUGUUGAAUGGUGGGCUACACCUUUUUCAAGUUGUCAUUGUGUCAUCCCAUUGACGGGUUUUCAUUGUGUCAUAUCUUUGAACAGAUUUUGAAGUCUCAUUUUAUCCAAAGUGACUUGAAUGCAGGCAUGACUUGAUGUUUUAAACUUAGUAAACUUCAUAUUUUGUCAACAGGAAUGUUGUACACUGGACCAAAUUCUAAAUACUGAAAAAGAAGCAAUACAUGCUUAGCACCCUUGAAUUCUACAGGGCACUCUGACAAGUUAGAUAGCUGCAGCUCUUUAGUUCACAAGCUGGACAUUUAACUGAUAGGUUUGGAUCAUGUGACACUUGAAUAGGCUCUGCAGCUUCUGGCCUCACCAAGCAUUUCAGCUAUCAGAUGGCACCAAUGGUCUACACAGUGUGAACUGAGAACAUUAAAGCAGGUGACCGUGUUCAGUUAGAGUGCAUUUGCUCUGAUCAAUAUUCCUGUGGUUCCUUUCUUCUAUAUUAAUGAUGUCGACAAGAAGAAUGUAGCUGUUCACGUGAUAAUGCAAAUUUUGACUUGAAAUUGGUUCAUUCGCUUCAAGACAAUUUAAAUAUAGCUGCUUUGGACUGUCAGUGUGAAGUACUUCUCAACUAUAACAUUUGAAGUGCAGGGAACUGAGGUCAUUUGGAAUUGGCCUGUCAGCAGUACCUCAUUAAUGUCUUGUAUGUUGUCUGGUUUCUUUAACUUUUAUAAAGAUGUUUUAUGGAAGUUCUUUGUCACAAUAAAGUUAGUCUGCCUCAGUUA